GCUCCUAUGUUUGGACAGUGCACGUAAACGUAACACAGACCACGUGGCUAAAACCAGGAAAAGAACUAGAGUGUCAACAACAAAAGGGUAUAGAGAUGACUUCUUCAGACUGGCACCUGUCUUUGAAGUUGGUGGAUCACCCCAAAUCCACCUUCCACUUCCCAGACAUGAUGCCAGGUGAUGUCCCACCUGGAGGAUACAGAAUUGCUACUUUAAAACAACUUGUGGCAGCACAGAUCCCAGACUCCAUCCCAGACCCUGAACUAAUAGAGUUGGUCCACUGUGGGCGGAAACUUAAGGACGACUUAACUCUGGAUGCCUGUGGGAUUCAACCAGGAUCCACCUUACACAUCCUCAAAAAGAUGUGGCCGGAGCAUGGGAGCAAUUCAGAGCCUGUGAACAGAGCAACUGCAGCCAGGGAGUUCAGGGUGUUUCAUGCAGCUCUUCACUCUCUCAACUCGGCCUACAGAGACUCAGUAUAUAAAAUGCUGACAAAUAAAGAGUCUCUGGAUCAGAUCAUCGUGGCUACACCGGGGCUCAGGUCAGACCCAGUUGCCCUAGGGGUGCUCCAAGACAAAGAUCUCUUCGUGCAGUUCACAGACCCCAACAUGCUGGAUGUAUUGAUCGCUUCACACCCGGCCCUCGUCAACGCCAUCAUCCUGGUCCUGCACUCUGUGGCAGGCAGCAUGCCCACUCAGUCCAGCGCCAGCUCUUCUCGCAACGUCUCCGCCAGUUCAUACAGCGAUAUGCCAGGGGGCUUCAUGUUUGAGGGCAUGUCUGACGAUGAGGACGAUUUCCAGUCUGGGAGCCCAGCAGGUCCCUCCCACAGAGCAGGAGGCUCGGCGGGAAUACGGCCGGUGUCUUUGAGCCACAGCGGAGCGACGGGGCCUCGACCGAUAACGCAGAGCGAGCUGGCAACAGCUUUGGCCCUCGCCAGUACUCCUGACAGCAGCGCGGUCACUCCAACGACUUCAAGCCAGGCGGACCCUUCCAGUGGCGUAGCCCCCAUGCCAGCAGGGACCCCAGUCAGUAACGAUCUCUUCAGCCAAGCUCUACAGCAAGCUCUGCAGGCCUCCAACAUGUCUGCUCUACAGGGCCGCUGGCAGUCCCAGAUGCAGCAGCUCAGGGACAUGGGGAUCCAGGAUGAGGAGCUGAUGCUGAGGGCGCUGCAGGCCACAGAUGGUGACAUCCAGGCUGCCCUGGAGCUCAUAUUUGCUGGAGGCCCAGGACUCUGAGCUCAUACCCCCACAGACAACAGCUUUUAUAGAGGAUAGAGAGAGAGCAGGAAAAAGCAUGAUAAAUUAUGGCUUUAGACAUACAGUAUACGGAUUUGUUAUUAUUACCCUGUUUACCUCAUUUACAUACAGUUUCACAUCAUCUGAGCUCCACAGAGGGCAUGACAGCUUUUCCUUAUUGAUGUGACUAGACUUGUAAUAAAUGUAAUCAUGCUUACCUCAUCCA